CUCAAAUGCUUAAUCAGAGCUAAAGAAGUUAACCUGGUUAAUGCAUACAUAAUUUGGAGUGGUUAUAUUACGUUUAUUACACCAGAAUGGCAGAGUCGAAGACAAAUCAUCCAACAAAGAACAAGAACAGGCAGGGAAAUGGCUGGGAAGAAAGAGGAGGUUAUAUGGCUGCAAAGAAACAAAAGUUGACUGAGCAGUUUCUUGGAGGGGGAACAGGAAUGGGGACAGUGAAAUCCCACAUAUUCCAUGGUAUUGUGAUUCAUGUGGAUGGAUAUACAAAGCCAUCUUCUGAUGAGUUGAAACGGAUUAUGUACCAAUAUGGUGGUCAUUAUGAACACUACCUAUCUAAAAGAAGAGUUACCCAUAUUAUAGCUACCAGUCUCCCAAACAGCAAAAUUACAAAGGGACUGAAGCAUUGCAAAGUGGUCAAGCCUGAGUGGAUUACAGAAAGUGUGGCUGCUGGGAGACUUCUAUCAUACAUUCCCUAUCAGCUGUACACUGGCCAGACCAAAAUCCAACAAGGCAUGUCCACUUACGCUACAGAGUCAUCAACAAAAAUCUGCAACUCCUCCGUUGCAGGCAUAUGUACCAAAAAUGCUUUGAGCAGAAAUCUGGUAGGUGAGAGUAGUAGAUGUGGAAAUUUGGUGGAGAAAGAGGAUGAGGAAGAACAGGAUAUGGAUGUGGAGAGGCAAAGUAGGAUGGAAAAGAUUGUGAGGGAAGUGGAGAGUGGAUCAGAGGAGAGUGAUUCAGACAAUGAGUUUGGAAGAUAUACACUGGAAUCUGAUCAAAAACAGGCUAUCCUGGAUGAUUCUUUGGCAAAUAUUAGUGUAAGUGAAAAUGAGGAUUCCACUUCAAGCAUAUUGAAUGAAAAUGAGACGGAAGGUGCUGGCACUUCAAGGGUAGCAAGUAAGGGUGGAGCCAUAGGAGGCCCAAAUCAUUCAAUUUCUAAAAUAACAAAAAGUCCUUCGCCUAACAGCAAGCCUCAUGGAAGAGCAGGUGAUCCAGAUUAUCUGAAUGAGUUCUACAAUAACUCAAGGCUCCAUCAUCUUUCCACAUGGAAAUCUGAGUGGAGAGAGUAUGUCAACAAAACAUCCAAAGAGCAGACAUGUUAUCCAGGCAGACAGGCACUGAUGAAGCUUGUGAGUGAACAGGAAGCUGACUUAGAGGCUAGGGACAUGGGCUUAGAGGGGUUCAGAAGCACAAUGUCAGGGAAACCAAAACGAGUCAUAAUGCAUGUCGACAUGGAUUGUUUUUUUGUGUCUGUGGGUCUGCGGAAAAGGCCAGAUCUUAUUGGCAAGCCUGUUGCAGUUACACAUUCUAAAGGCCAAGGUAGAAAAGGACCUAUUCCUGGGUCAGACAUUGAAUAUGAACAAAAAAUGUGGAGAAGUAUAAAAAAUAAAAGUAAAUCCACAAAUCCAGACCAGCAGUCUAAGUUGAACAGCAGUGCGGAGGAAUUUGGAAGAAAAGGAAAUCUGGAUGCAUUUUCUUCUAUGGCUGAAUUAGCUUCUUGUAGUUAUGAAGCAAGACAGGCUGGUGUUAGAAAUGGAAUGUUUAUGGGUCCUGCCAAAAAAUUAUGCCCUGAUCUGCAUACAAUUCCAUAUGAUUUUGAAGGCUACCAAGAAGUUUCAAAAAUACUCUAUGAUACUGUUUUAAGCUACACACAUGACAUCGAGGCAGUGAGCUGUGAUGAAAUGUUGGUUGAUUGCACAGAUCUCCUAGCAACCACAGGCGCUAAACCAGAACAAUUUGCUUCUCUGUUGAGGAAUCAAAUACAUCAAAAGACAGGCUGCACUGCCUCAGCUGGAAUGGGAGGAAAUAUAUUACUUGCAAAAAUGGCUACAAAAAAGGCCAAACCAAAUGGACAGUUUUACUUGAAGGAAGCAGAUGUUAUGGACUUCAUGAAAGACCAGUCGGUUCAAAAUAUUCCAGGUGUAGGGUGGUCAAUGAAUAGAAAGUUGAAAUCUAUGGGGAUCAUAACCUGUGGUCAACUACAGGAGGUGCCUCAGUCUACCCUACAGAGGGAGUUUGGGCCUAAGACAGGAUUAUCCCUGUAUAGGGGUUGUAGGGGACAGGAUGAACGACAGAUCAAAACCAACCAGGAGAGGAAGUCUGUAUCAGCUGAAGUGAAUUAUGGGAUCAGGUUUAAAUCUAAUACAGAAGCAGACAAGUUUAUAAUGGAUUUAUCACAGGAAGUUCACAGUCGUCUGCAUGAAAUUGGAAUGAAGGGAAAGUCUGUGACCUUGAAAUUGAUGGUCAGAAGAGAAGAUGCUCCACCUGAAACUGCCAAAUUCAUGGGUCAUGGAAUUUGUAACAACAUCUCAAAAUCCACUAUGUUGCCAAUGGCAACAGAUGAUGCCAGUUUGAUACACCAGGAGUGUAUGACUAUCUUACAAGGACUGCGACUUGACUGUACAGACUUGAGGGGAAUCGGAAUCCAGGUGCAGAAGUUAGAGUCAGCAGUUGUUGGUGGAAACAAUCAGAUGAAAUCGCAGAGCAUUCUCAAUUUUGCUACAAAAGUGUUGGCUACAAAAACAAGUCCCCACAAGCCAAAUGGCAUGGAAACCAACAGUCGUGAUCAGAUUGCAAAAUCGACACUCGAUGGAAAGCUGAGAGAUCCAGGUAACACUGUAAGUCAUAAAAGUAAAUCCACAGAUGUCCAGAUUGAUGCAGAGGAAAGACACUGGACUGACACACUGCUAAGUCUGGAUAGAGAAGUGAGUCCAGAUAAAACCAGUCCAGAUGGAUCUUCGGAACUUUACAAACACAUAGAGAAUGCUUUUUCCACCAAUCAGAACACUGAAGAAGAAAGUUGUGAUGGAGAGGGUCAUUUUCUAGAAGGGGCAGUUUGUCAAGACCUACUUUCAGAAUUGUCUAGGAGAAAAACGGCCAACAGGUUUCUUCCCCCCUUACCGACACUCGACAUUCCCUCAACACCUGAGUACAGACACCUACUAAUCAGACCCAGAAGCACCUGUACACAGGAGAGUACCUCCGUGGUUAAUGGUACCACUGUGGAUUAUUUCCCAUCACCCUCACAGAUUGAUCAGGAUGUUUUGAGGGAGCUGCCACCAGACAUACGAGCACAAGUUGAGAAUGAGAUGCAGCUCAUGAGACGAGGCCCUCGACAGGCCAAACAAAGAGUGUCCAGUUACAGUGAGGAGCCAGGGUGUUCUCACUGGACCUCAGGGAUAUCUCCUGUUACAGAGGGUACCUCAUCCAUAGUACCUCUGCCAGACCUGUCCCAGCUUGAUGAAAGCUGUCUGAAUGCACUCCCAGAAGACAUGCAGAAAGAAAUCCAAGAUGCAUACGAACAUCAGCAGCAACAGAAACAGAGUCUUCAGUGUUUAUCCAAUGUACUGAAAUCCCCAAGAAAGUCCUCCCCUAAGGGAAAGUCACCUCGUAAAACUAGCCCACAAUUCAAGGGGAGAUCACCAGGGAAAUACAGCCCACAGUUCAAAGUUCCCAAGGGUCGACCAGGGAGAGGGCGUCCCAAAAAGCUGGAUUUCCAUCAGAGAGGGCAACCCUCAAUUUUGACAGCAGUUACUGGGAAACAGGAAGUAUUGAAGGAAGACCUCAUGCCAAGUGAACAAAGAUCAAGAGGAGAGGAGGAGAAAAUCAACAACAGUGUAAGAGACCAGCCAAUGGAAGUCGAAUCUUUGGAGUCAAAGGAAACACGUGUCAAUCUCUGUGGUGCUGUAACUAUUGCAGAAGUCAGAUCUCUACUAAAGGAGUGGAUCCACAGUUCUCCAGAGCCUGAAGAAAAUGAUAAACAGGUGAUGAUUACCUACCUUCAAGAUCUGAUCUUGGAUAAGAACCUGGAACAAGUUGAUCUUGUUAUCAAAUUUCUAAAAAGACGCAUUAAGAAGAUGGAUAAUUCAAGCUGGGAAACUUCAUUUAAAAUGAUAUUAUCAGAAGUUCAGUCAUUUAUGAAAACUUAUCAUGGAGCUGAAUUGAAUGUCUGUUAGUACUGCUGCUGUAAAACUGGCCAAGUUUUACAAAUCACUGUAAAGCUAUGGAGAACCUUUGAAAUAUGUGAUACAACAGUGCAGCUACUGAAAACUGGCAGCAAAUGGUGCUCUGUUUAGUGACAAACAUUUGACAUUGUUUUCAAAUUGUGAUAGGUUCAAGUGAGGUUUUCUGAUCUUCUGCUGUCCAUUGUCAUUGUGUCUGUUAACUUUUUACAUUUUCAGCUUUUUCUCUUUAACCAAUACACAAAUUUCAAGAUUAUCUCCCUUGGUGCACUCUCUCAUUACAGAGGGGAGUUUUGUUUCCGCUUAAACCUGCAAGUGGGACAGUUUAUAAAUAUUGGAUACCCUACAGCAUGGAUAUGCCUGUCUAUCAUACUAGUAUGCACUCUUCAACAAAAAGAUUACCGAAUAUAAGUAAAGGUGUCAAUUUCUUUUUCUACCAAAAAAUAUCGGAACAAAAGAAAAUAUCAGUGGAUAAGACUUAUCAGAUGAGGGAAGAGAUAUGGAUUUCUAAUAAAUAACAUGCAUGAUGCAUCUUAUCAUUGCACGUCGGCAUUCUGAAUGACACACUGACUAUUUCCCUUAUAAUAAUUUCAAAGAGCCCACUAACUUUUUAGCUCACCUGAGCUGAAGGCUCAAGUGAGCUUUUCUGAUCGAAAUUUGUCCGUUGUCUGUCGGUGUUGUUGUCAUUGUAAACUUUUCACAAUUUCAUCUUCUUCUCCAGAACUACUGGACCAAUUUCAACCAAACUUGGCACAGAGUAUUCUUGGAUAAAGGGGAUUCAAAUUUGUUCAAACAAAGGGCCAUGCCCUCUUCAAAGGGGAGAUAAUUACAAAUUAGUGAAAAAUUAAUGGCAUCUUUUAAAAAUCUUCUUCUCAAGAACCACUAGGCCAGGAAAGAUGAAACUCAUAGGGAAUCAUCCUCAGGUAGUGUAGAUUCAAAUUUGUUAAAAUCAUGACCUCAGGGGUUAGGGUGGGGCCACAAUGGACAAUCAAAGUUUUACAUUGAAAUAUAUAGGAAAAAUCUUAAAAAACCUUCUUCUCAAGAACCACUGGGUGAGGAAGGAUUAAACUCAUGUGGAAUCAUCCUCAGGUAGUGUAGAUUCAAGUUUGUUCAAAUCAUGACCCCCGGGGGUAGGGUGGGGCCACAAUGGACGAUCAAAGUUUUACAUAGGAGGAAAUUUUUUUUUUAAAAAAAAAUCUUCUUCUUAAGAACAGCAAAGCCAUAAUUUUUCAUAUUUGUAUGGAAGCAUCCUCAGGUGGUGUAGAUUCAAGGUUGUUCAAAUUAUGACCCCAGAGGGUAGGGUGGGGCCACAAUAAACGAUCAAAGUUUUACAUAGAAAUAUAUAUAUGAAAAAUAUUUUCAAGAACAGCAAAGCCAUGAUUGGUUAUUAACUAUUCAGAAGCAUCCUAAGGUAGUGUAGAUUCAUAUUUGAUAAAAAUCAUGAACCCCCCCCCCCCCCCCCCCCCCCCCGGGGAUAGGGUGGGGUCACAAUUGAUGAUUAAAGUUAUGCAUAGGAAUACAUAGAACCUUUUUUUUUUAAAAAGAUCUUGUUCUCAAGAAGAGCAAAGCUAUGAUUGGUCAUAUUUAUAUGGAAGCAUCCUCAGAUUGUUUAGAUUCAGAUUUGUUCAAAUCAUGACCCCCGGGGUAUGGUAGGACCAUAAUGAAAGUUUUAACUUGUAGGGAAAAAAGUCACAGUUAGUCAAAGAAAUAUGUAAGUAGCUUUAGUUAGUGAAGAUUCAAAUUUGUUCAAAUCACACACCCCCCUUUUAGGGGUAGGUCGGAACCACUUAUGCAUUAAAGCUUUUCAAUACUGAACUGAUUUUUGCUUUUUUCCUAGCCACAGUGCUCAGGUGAGCGAUGUGGCCCAUGGGCCUCUUGUUAGAAAAGGUUUGUACAAUCAAGGAAGCGACUAUUUCACAAAGACUAUGACAAUUCUUUUGUUUCGAAGUAUCCUAAUUGAAAAUAUAUUUUGUGAAACAUGAAUCAUUAUUUGAAUCAUCGUUUGUGAAUCAUUACUGCUUGACAUUUUCAUCUUUCUAUAACAUUAAAUGAAUUUUA